AUGGCUCAUAAAGAAUCCUCCCGGAUGCGUAAAGAACCGGAGGGUAGAAAUAAAACGAUCCUACUCCUCCCCCCAAUUCCUCUUCCUCCUCCUCCUUCCCCCACAAUGCCUAUUUUUCCUCCUCCUCAUCCAAUUCCUGCUCCUCCUCCUCCAACUCCCACUCGUCCUCUUACAAUUCCUCCUACUCCAGUGCUCCAUCCUCCUCUUCCAGUUCCUCCUCCUCCCCUACCUCCUCAAAUUCCUCUUCGUCCUCCUGCAACUCCUCCCCGCCCCACCUCCUCAAAUUCCUCUCCUUCGUCCUCCUCUUCCUCUUCCUCCAACACCUCCUCAAAGUCCUCUUCGUCUUCCUCCUCCAGUUCCUCAUCCUCUCCAACCUCCUCAAAUUCCUCUUCGUCCUCCUCCUCUUCCAAUUCCUCCUCCUCCACCACCUCCUUAAAUUCCUCUCCGUCCUCCUUCUCCUCCACCUCUUCCAAUUCCUCCUCCUCCUCUGCCAAUUCCUCCUCUUCCUCCUCCUCCUCCCCUUCUGCCAAAUUAAUUACAAUGACGCCGGUCCAUCAGUGA